UAAUUCGCCAAAAUGACCAACACAAAGGGAAAGAGGAGAGGUACUCGCUAUAUGUUCUCUAGGCCUUUUAGAAAACAUGGAGUUGUUCCUUUGGCAACAUACAUGCGAAUCUACAAGAAAGGUGAUAUUGUGGACAUCAAGGGAAUGGGCACUGUUCAAAAAGGAAUGCCCCACAAAUGUUACCACGGCAAAACUGGAAGAGUCUACAAUGUUACCCAGCAUGCUGUUGGCAUUGUUGUCAACAAACAAGUUAAGGGCAAGAUUCUUGCUAAGAGAAUUAAUGUACGUAUCGAGCACAUUAAGCACUCAAAGAGCCGAGACAGCUUCCUGAAGCGCGUGAAGGAAAAUGAUCAGAAAAAGAAGGAAGCCAAGGAGAAAGGUACUUGGGUUCAACUGAAGCGCCAGCCUGCCCCACCCAGAGAAGCACACUUUGUGAGAACCAAUGGAAAGGAGCCUGAGCUGUUGGAACCCAUUCCCUAUGAAUUCAUGGCGUGAGAAAUGUAAAAAAAAUAAAAGACAUCAAGACUGUACAAAUGUUUCUUUUAAUUGAGUAGCAGCGUGGUAUUGUCUCCCCCAAAGAAGUAUUUAAAGCAAACUUUAUAUCCGAAUUCACUGGGGGAUGGCUUUAUUCAAAUUUUGUGGGUUUUGAGGCACCUGGAUGACUCAGUUAAGCAUCCUACUUUGGGUCAGGUCAUGAUCUUGCAGUCCAUGAGUUUGAGCCCCGUGUCAGGCUCUGUGCUGACAGCUCAGAGCCUGGAUCCUGCUUUGGAUUCUGUGUCUCCCUCUCUCUCUGCCCUCCCCUGCUUGUGCUCUCUCUAGAGUCUCAAAAACAAACGUUAAAAUAUGAUGGGGUUUUUGUUUUUGCUGAAAGAUGUGGUUUAUUGUACAAUAUACUCCAUUGAUUAGGAACUGCCAGAUAGUACCUAUAACAUAUUUUAUAGUAGUUUGAAAAUAGUUCCUCUAAAUCACUAAGAAAAAAGAUUUUUUUAAAAACAAAUGAAAGGUUAUCUGUUGAGAUUGCAUUUAAGCACGGAAAGUUGAGUACUUGUAAUUGUAUUAAGUCAUAAGUAGCUAUGUUUUAAGGAUAAAGAACUUCCAUUUGAAGCCCAUUACUUAAGAUUGUUUAAAGCAUUCUGGUUCCCACUAAAUUGUUUUCCCUGUCAUUUCCUGUUAAGUGUUUUUCUAUAUGGUGUUAGGAAAAAUUUGUUUAUUGGAAACGCUCUUUGUUGCCCCAGGUCCUUUGCACUUGCCUUUGCCCAAGACUGCCUGUGCUUUCUAAAGUUGGUGAAUUUCUGAUUGUCCUUUGUUCACCUUGCAUGUCAUAAGUGAACCUUUCCUAAUGUAUUUUAAGGAGAAAGGAGAGGAAUGAAACUGGAAUCAAAGGAGAAAAUCUGCUUUGGGAUGAUAGAAUUAAAUCCCUUAUAUCUAUUACCACGA